CUUUAACUAAAUUCAAUUCAACCCAAUUCGAUCCCUACAUUAUUCUUCAACUAAUUAAUCUUUUGUUUACUUUCUUCUACUACUAACUUAUUUGCAAUUACUCCUUCAUUCAAAUUAUUCAAUGGAGGUCACCAUGAGGAACCCCAACAGCAACUUGUCAAAAAUCGCAACCAACGACGGACAUGGUGAAAACUCGCCUUAUUUCGAUGGUUGGAAGGCUUACGACUCCAAUCCUUUCCACCUUCAAAACAAUCCCAAUGGUGUCAUUCAAAUGGGUCUUGCUGAAAAUCAGCUCUGUUUCGAUUUGAUUCAAGAAUGGGUCGAAGCGAACCCGAAUGCUUCAAUAUGUACACCACAAGGUGCGUUGGACUUCAAAGAGACAGCCAUAUUCCAAGACUACCAUGGGUUGCCAGAAUUCAGGACCGCCAUCGCUAAUUUCAUGAGCCAAGUUCGUGGAAACCGUGUUAAGUUCGACCCUGACCGGAUUGUAAUGAGUGGUGGUGCCACCGGAGCUCAUGAAACCGUUGCUUUCUGCUUAGCUAAUCCCGGGGAGGCAUUCUUAGUUCCCACCCCAUAUUAUCCAGGGUUCGAUCGAGACUUAAGAUGGAGGACUGGAGUGGUACUCUUGCCAGUUGUAUGCGAAAGCUCGAACGGGUUCAAGAUCACUAGACAAGCUCUUGACACCGCCUACGAAAAGGCGAAGCUAGACAACAUUAAGGUCAAAGGGUUGCUUAUAACGAACCCGUCGAACCCAUUGGGUACUUUUUACGACAAAGAUACCUUAAAAGACCUCGUAAGUUUCAUCAACGAAAAGAACAUCCACCUCGUAUGCGAUGAGAUCUACGCUGGCACCGUAACGGAUGGUGACGAGUUUGUCAGCAUUGCGGAGAUUGCAGAUGAAUGUGGCAACGACCUUGACUUGAUUCAUAUAGUUUAUAGUCUUUCUAAAGACAUGGGGUUCCCUGGUUUUAGAGUGGGGAUCAUUUACUCGUACAACGAUCAUGUGGUGGCUAUUGCUCGUAAAAUGUCGAGCUUCGGCCUGGUUUCAACCCAAACUCAACACCUGCUCGCGUCUAUGUUAUUAGACAACAAGUUUGUCGAGAAUUUUAUUUCCCAGAGCCGGAUCAGGCUGGCCCACAGGCACGAUAUGUUUACUCGUGGGCUGGCCCAAGUCGGGAUUGGGAGUCUGGAGAGCAAGGCGGGCUUGUUCUUUUGGAUGGACUUACGUCGGUUUUUGAAAGACCCAACUUUUGAAUCGGAGAUGACGUUUUGGCGAAUUAUAAUUAACGAGAUCAAGCUCAACGUCUCUCCCGGCCAGUCUUUCCAUUGCUCCGAACCAGGUUGGUUUCGUGUUUGCUUUGCAAACAUGGACGAUGAGACCACAAUGAUCGCGCUAAGGAGGAUUAAAACAUUUGUGUUAAAGAACAAGAUGCUCGAGAUCAAGACCAAGAAACAAUGUUGGUCACAGAACAACCAUCUGAGGCUAUCGUCGAGAAGACUCGACGAUAUAUUGACUCCUCACAGGAUGUCACCACAUUCUCCCCUCGCCUGGGCAAUGUCGCCUCAUUCUCCGCUCGCCUCGCCUCUCGUCCGCGCGCAAAAUUAGGCAACCGGCCGGUACGUACAAAUGGCUAGCCAGGCCUUGUGUACGAUAUGAGUGUCAUUAAUGCAUUGUUUACAAUAGAUAUAGUAAAGUUUUGACCUAUAAGAUAUCAAGGUUGGGAAUCAUAGGUGAGACAAAUUUAUUAUUUUGUCUAUGACAAAAUUAUUUGGUGCAUGACAAAGACAUGUCCAAUUGUAUUAAAUAAAAGAUAAGUUGAAAUAAAAUGUAAUGAUGAUAUAUA